UUCGGUCUGAUUACUCUUCUCUUCUACUAUGAAGUUAAUAUUGCUUCUAUCAGCCCUGGCUUCGACCGGGUGGGCAGCAAGCAUCGCCCUGCCUGGUCCCUCUGCCACGACCAUCACUUCCUCCUACAUAACCACAAUCACUGACGUGAUCACGACGACCUCAGCAGUUGUGUCCACCUCGACAUUGUGUACAGUUGGGACAUCAUCACUGGGCGACCAAGCAGCAUGUUCUGACUACAUCUGGUCCACCAAAAGCCGCUAUGUGCAGGAAUAUUGCUCAGGCGGCGUCUCAAUCAGCGGCGGGACAAUAGCACAACCAUUGACUAUUUACGGACCUGAUUCGCCACGCCUCAAUGAUUGCUUUGCUCUAUGUGAAUUGGUGCCUAGUCAAUGUAAUGCUAUCAACUAUCAUGUGGCCGCGAGCAGCUGUGAAUUCUUGUGGGUCACUAACCCGACGUUCGUGUCUACCUCGGGUUAUCAGGCCCUCAUGGCCUAUACCACAAAUAUUUGCCUCGGAUCAUCCACUUCUUUCGAAACUGGCUAUUCCACCCAGAUCAUCACGAGCGAGGUGGUGACUGUCUAUACGAUCUUUUCUACUCCUACACCGACGCCUGCUUCGACAUCAAGAUCCACUCCUGCAGUGCCCACUUCUGCUUCCAGCUCUCCAGUAUCACCAUCUAGAUCUGCCUCCAGUGCUGCCUCGAGUUCUGCUUCAAGUUCUGCUUCAAGUUCUGCUUCAAGUUCUGCCUCCAGCUCUGCCUACACUGCAGUGGCUUCGUCUACCCCCGCUGCGUCUUCCGGUGCUCUGACUUCAAGUGUCAUUUCCAGUGGUUCAGCUCUUCCCCCGCCCAGCUCAAACAUCCUAUCCAUCACGUCUACCAUCUACACCACCGAGAUUGCGACUCUCUUUGGGUGUCCAGCUUGAUCUUCUAAUCUAUCUAGAUCCCUCUUUCCACUGCUAGCAGCUUGUUAGUACGGACUUGAUGUGCCUUACGUUCUGAUGCUUUAAGAGUAGAU